AAGAAAAGUUCCUUUCUGCAUUUGCAGUAUGUAAAUACGGAUUAGUGGGUGGGAUUGAGGUGAGCUUCUGUGCAUAAAUACAGUCUCCACACAGCUAGCACACUAGGAAGGUUGGAGCAUAUUGAGGCUGGCUGACUCACCAGACAGAUUUGCAAUGGAGAAGAUUUUGGUGUCAGCAUUCUUGCUCCUUGUGGCCCUCUCCAACACCCUGGCCAAAGAUACCACAGUCAAACCAGGAGCUAAGAAAGAUACAAAGGACACUCGACCCAAACUUCCCCAGACUCUCUCUAGAGGUUGGGGUGAUCAACUCAUCUGGACUCAGACUUAUGAAGAAGCUUUAUACAAAUCCAAGACAAGCAACAAACCCUUGAUGAUCAUUCAUCAUUUGGAUGAAUGCCCACACAGUCAAGCUUUAAAGAAGGUGUUUGCUGAAAACAAAGAAAUCCAGAAAUUGGCAGACCAGUUUGUCCUCCUCAAUCUAGUUUAUGAAACAACUGACAAGCACCUUUCUCCUGAUGGCCAGUAUGUCCCCAGGAUUAUGUUUGUUGAUCCAUCCUUGACAGUUAGAGCUGACAUCACUGGAAGAUAUUCAAAUCGUCUCUAUGCUUAUGAACCUUCAGAUGUAGCUCUGUUGCUGGACAACAUGAAGAAAGCUCUCAAAUUGCUUAAGACUGAGUUGUAACAAAGAAACAAUACCUACAAGCUCUUUCCUGUGUUGGGCCUUGAAACCUGAAACUACAGGAGACUUUUAGAAGACUGAAGAAUAAGGAAGCACUGGAAGAUGUACUGAUUAGAUUACAAUUUAAUGUUACAACAGCUACUUUUU